UAUUUUGCAUAGCUUAGAAUUUUUUUAAAAAUAUUUUUGAGUCUAAAUGCAAAUUUCUUAUGAAGAAUAUUACCAUGUCAUUUUCUUGCAGGGAAAUCCCAUAGUGAAAUUAUUCAACUUACUCAAAGACUGCAGUCCACUGCCCGAGUUUCCUGCUUUGCCCUUGCUGCCAUGCAAGAAUUGCUGGGCUGGGCUCAGAGGUGAGAUAACAAUGGACAACCAGGGGAGUCCAGAGAACACCCCAGCCUGGGAUGAAUGCCAACCUGGUCCAAAAAGCAAAUGUGUUAAACUCCCCCAAUUACCAGGUUAAGUGGGGAGAAAAACUUUCCAUGUCUCUGACUCACAUCCCAAUCUACUCCUAGCGAAUGAGACAGAUUCUGUUUUUACACAACAGGAGUCUAAUUUGGAACAGGCAAUUGAACAAAAGGCAGUUGACAAUUAUGCGAUUAACAGAAAAUGUGACUUACCUAAUUCAUAACAAAAAAAGUGAAGUAAAAGAAGCAAGGAGUGGCUGGUGGCCCCAUGUAGCACUGGCCUUUUAAUACUCAUGAGAUGCUUUAUUAAAAACUCUACAAAAUAAACCUUUUAAAAUAAGAUCAAUUGGAUGUGUUCUGUUCAGUUGAGGGAUACUUAAUUUUAUAAAAGUAGAUCUUCUUGCACAUUUUGUGAAGGAGAUUUAAACACUUCUGUUAAUAUUUUGCCAAGACUUUUUUUCCUUUAUUGAGAAAGAAACAGGACAUGAGUCCAAGAGGAGAUGCCAGGUAAAACACAGAACACAGAACCCUUAGAAGGAAAUAAAGUGAUCCUAUGGGUCUAGAAAAAGAAAAGGACCCAGUCCUUUGUUCACAGUGUAGCUAAAUGACAUAGAUGUCACAUCAUUCACUGUUUGUUUGGAAAGUAAUAAGGCCACAGAAAAAGCUGGAGCAGCAUGAACUUUUUUUCCUUUAGGGCUGACUACAUUAACAUACUUACUGAAGGAAGGGACAGUAAUGAUCCAGUCAGUACUUAUCAGGACAAAAUUAGUAAUGAUAAAUAAUCCCAGUGGUUUAAAAGUAAGGAGCUCCAGUUCUAGCAAAAGUCCUGGUAAUGCCUUGGUUUAAAGUCAGAGCAAAAUCUCUGUGUGUAACCCUCCAGCUUAGUACAAAAAAAAAACCAAAACAAAAACAAAAAUCACCACCCCCACCCAAACAAAAUAAUAAAAAACAAACAAACAAAUCUAGAAAUCUGAACCAGGACCAACUUUUAGCGUUCAGUGUCCAGAUAUCAGUGUUUAGAUACUGGAGAUCUCUGUACAAUGCUGAAGAAUCGAUCAACAGGAGAACUGUUGAGAAAGGUUAAAAACCCCGGUAAAUUAUAAACUGUAGGGUUCCCCCCUCCCUCCCCAAAGUUUUAAUGAUGUAGAAGCUGCAUAAUAAUCUCCCUGUGAACCAUAAACAUAAUAAAAGCUGAGGCCAUUUCUAACAUAAUCUCUAUCAGCAAGAUGCCAGAGCUUUUCCAGAUUUCCUAACGGGUCCCUGCUAAUUCCAUGCCAAAACUAGCAGUGGAUUUCUUCCUUUUAAUCUCCACUAAUGCCUUAUUCGAUUAUUGUCACUGCUCUCCGACCGCGCACCGUCCCCUCAAACCCUAAUUCCCGCGCUGGCACAGUCAGAUGAGGCUGCCCGGCGGUGGCGGAUCCAGGGGACACGCUCGGACACCCCGCACGUCCCCGCCGCGGGCAGAGGCCGGCCCAGCACGGCGGGGCCGGGGCUGAGCCAGCCGGGGCUGAGCCAGCCGGGCUCUGCCGCAGCCUCACCCCGCCGAGCCCCGGGCCCGGGGCAAGGAUGAGCUCCGACACUGGCUCCAGCUGACGGGUCUGAGAGCACCUGAGCGUCCCCGCACACACCUGCGGCAUGGCUCUGCUGCUCGCCUGGGCAUGUGUCGCUGUGAGCGUGGGGACGGCGCUGGCGGACCAGGGCGACGGCGCGGACCUCUAUUCGGAAAACAUCACUCGGAUCCUCGACAAGUUGUUGGACGGCUACGACAACAGGCUCCGGCCGGGAUUUGGAGGCGCCGUGACAGAAGUCAAGACGGACAUCUACGUGACCAGCUUCGGGCCGGUGUCCGACGUGGAGAUGGAAUACACAAUGGAUGUCUUCUUUCGUCAGACGUGGACUGAUGAGAGGUUGAAGUUUAGUGGGCCAACUGAGAUUUUGAGACUGAACAAUUUAAUGGUCAGUAAAAUUUGGACACCAGACACAUUUUUUAGAAACGGAAAAAAAUCAAUUGCUCACAAUAUGACAACUCCCAACAAACUUUUCAGAAUUAUGCAGAAUGGAACUAUUCUUUACACAAUGAGACUGACCAUUAAUGCUGAUUGUCCAAUGCGGUUGGUGAACUUCCCAAUGGAUGGACAUGCUUGUCCACUCAAAUUUGGAAGCUAUGCUUAUCCAAAAAGUGAAAUAAUUUAUACUUGGAAAAAAGGACCAUUGCAUUCAGUAGAAGUACCACAGGAGUCUUCCAGUCUGCUCCAGUAUGACCUCAUAGGACAAACUGUAUCUAGUGAAACAAUUAAAUCUAACACAGGUGAAUAUGUAAUCAUGACAGUUUAUUUCCACUUGCAAAGGAAGAUGGGCUACUUCAUGAUACAGAUAUACACUCCUUGCAUUAUGACAGUCAUUCUUUCUCAGGUGUCUUUCUGGAUUAACAAGGAGUCUGUUCCAGCCAGGACAGUUUUUGGCAUCACCACAGUUCUCACAAUGACCACCUUAAGCAUCAGUGCUCGCCAUUCCCUGCCCAAGGUGUCCUAUGCCACCGCCAUGGAUUGGUUCAUAGCCGUGUGCUUUGCCUUUGUCUUCUCUGCACUUAUUGAGUUUGCAGCUGUCAACUACUUCACCAAUCUCCAGACUCAGAGAGCGAUGAGGAAGGCAGCCAGGGCAGCAGCUCUGGCAGCAGCACUAUCAGCAGCAACUGUACCGGCAGAGGACGAGAUUGUCUCGCAUUCUGACUCCAACUCUAACCUGAAGAAGCGAGUAAACUCCAUAACAUCUCAGGCAGAGCAGUCUCCUGAACACAGCAUAAUAUCAAAUACUGCAUCCCAGUGUCAACCACUGUCUGUUCCUGCAGCAGCCCCACCACAACCACCAGCUAUUGGAGGUGCAAGUAAAAUAGACCAGUAUUCCAGGAUCCUCUUUCCAGUGGCGUUUGCAGGAUUCAACCUGGUGUACUGGGUUGUUUAUCUUUCAAAAGACACUAUGGAAUUUUUUGAACCUUCGGCGAUGCAUUUUCGAAAUGAGCCCCAGUCCAACUGA